GAAGAAGAAAAGAAAUACACGAAGGUCAAAGAGGAGGCUGCUUUCCAAGAACAUAUGUUGAAACAGAAGAUGGAGCAACUGAGUGGCCUGCUAAAUGUCCAGGCAGCCACAAACAAGCCUACUCCCGAGCCCAGUGCAGCAAUGGCAACAAACUUCAGCAUGUUGACACCAGUAGGAAUUCAGUUUGCACUCCAGAAUGAAAAUCAGCCACACGUGGCAGGACCCUGUUCUCGCUCCCCCUUUGAUCUGACUGCUGUGGCACAACAAACAGUUUCACCAGGAAUUUCCACAUCACAGUACAACCCUUCACCAUCUGAACAUCUGCUAUCUGCGCCUGAAGACCCAAUAAUAAAUGUCCAA